AUGAGGAACGAAGAUAACAUGUGCCUCAUAUGGUGCCAUGUGAGACACCUUAGACCUAAAGCAAGAAGAGCCACAACAAUAACCAAAAAUGAUAGGGACUUUGAGUUGAAUGUAGACUACAGCGGUAUUGAGUUCCCAGUGAAGAUAAGCGAUAUAGGUAAAAUAGAAAAGAGGAAUAAUAUAAACAUAUCAGUGAUAGGAUACAGGGGUAAGAAACAGUUCUACCCCAUAAGGAUAUCUAAAGGUGAACACGAAGAUCACAUGGAACUGCUACUACUAGGUGAUGGUAACAGGAAGUUACACUAUGUGUUGAUAAAGGAUAUUAACAGAUUACUGUGUAGUGUGAGUAAGACUAAGGCAAAGGCCCACUAUUGUCUACACUGCUUUCACAACUGUGUGAGUGAAGAAACACUAGCUAAACACAAGGAGGUCUGUAUAGAAGUAAAUGAAGUGCAGGCCACUAGACUCCCUAAGGCGGGGUCAAAGACAAGAUUAAAAAAUCAUAGGAUCUGUCUCCCUGUUCCAUUCGUAAUCUACGCAGACUUCGAAUCAAUACUUGUACCCAAUGAGAUCACCAAGGAUGACACCAACUGUGACGAGAGUUACACGGAAAAAUAUCAGACUCAUCAAGCGUGCAGCUUUGGGUUGAAGACUGUAUGCAACUACAACGAUAGCUACUCAGGAGAAUACACAAGUUACGUGGGAAAGGAUGCCGCCUAUGUAUUCCUUAAGACUCUCAUCAAGGAAGCCGGUAGAUGUAGGAGUAAUGUUAACAAUCUAUUUAAGAAGAAGAUGAUCAUCUCACCUGAACAAGAACAGGAAUUCAUGAAUGCCGCAGACUGUUCCAUAUGUGGGGAGCUCCUUGGGGAAGACAGAGUACGGGACCACUGUCAUAUCACAGGACAUUACAGAGGGGCGGCUCUGCAAUUUAAAAUGCAGGAUAUCAUGGAAAGUCCCUGUGGUCUUCCACAACUUGAGAGGAUACGAUAG